AUGAACGCCGCAGAAAGUAUGUUCAGACACGGCCAGGCUCAAGCCCCCUUCGAUUUCCAAACAAAUGGCGCGCCGAUUCCAUGGGCAGAGAUUUUUUCUCGGCAUGAGGCCAUCCUCGCCUCGCAUCUCGAAAUGCUCGAUUCAGUGAAGAGUCAAAUCGCGCCGAACGGUGAAGCGUUCCGCACAGUCUCCUUCAUGGUGACCAAAACGAUGCAAGCGAUCAAUCAGUCUAGAGUGGCUCGAAAGCAAAUGCUCAACCGAAAAGCGUCUGACAACGCAUUCAACACGCCCCGCUCAUCCUCCGCAUCCAAGAUGAGCACAGAUUCUACCUCUACCCCGCAAUUCACCGAUACAGAUACCAGCGGCCGGAAGAAGAGAUCCAGAGCCGAGACGGCGGACACGACUACGCAGAAUCGUCCCCCAACCCCGGAAGAUGUUCCCCGAGCUUCCAAACGACGUCGUGACCCCACCGAGGGAGAUACUACAAGUGCGCCCUAUGCCUCGCCCGGUUCACCGGAGACAGAGGAUAUCUCUGCGGAAGUUCAGCGCCGCCUCAGGAUCAGAGAAGAGAGGCGACGGAAAAAAGAGAACGCCAAGCCAGAAAAGCGCAAGCGCGAUAGUCUUGCAUCAAAUGAUGGCGCAUCGACUGGAGGAGCGACUCACAGGAAGAAGCGUGCGCGGCGAACGAGUAGCGAUCUGAAGAGGGAUGGUGAUACACUUGCGGACAAAGAAGCAGACGCGAAGACAAAGCGAUUGAGGAAAACUCAUACUUGGAAUUAA